AUGAUUCUCUCAAAACUUGGUAAUUUGUGCACCAGGCUGGACUUCCGCGAGGCGAAUAUCCCGGCUGCACUAUGCCACUCUGUUGCUGCUAUUUUGGUUCGAUAGACUAUUCUAACAAACUCAUAAUUUGUGUUGUUUAAGGCUAUCUUUUCGAUGGUGUCGACCGACUGGAUUCUCAUCGAGGACAUGAGCGUCCGCAACGGAACACUGGAUUUCGAUUCGAUUCAGGUGGCGCAGUUCUACAUGAAGAACUCGGAGCCGUGCCACUCUAUCGGUUUGUGUGAAAAGGAACUGACAUGGAAUGCUUCCAAAGUGUUACCCAUGGAUCCGAGUGGUUAUGGGGCAAAACUUGACGACCCCCUGUUAAAAUUUUUCACCAAGCGAAUUUUUGUUUUAUUGGGCCUUUUUUGAAAAUUGGCAUGGACUCUCGACGGUCACGGGUCGACGGCUGAGUUUUUGCCCCCAUAACCUCUCGGAUCCAUGGGUAACACUUUGGAAGCAUGUGAAAACGAAAGUAAUGCAAUUUGUGCAGGGUGCCACGAUUUCUGGGAUGCGGUCCGGUUUGGAGGAUACAUCGACGCGACGGGCAAGACUCAUGUUGCGUUCCAUACUCCUUCGAGAGGUGGGUUAUACUUUAUGAAAGAAAGUGAACAAGGGAUUUCUGUUAAGUUCUGGUCGACUGCAUCACUCCAUCGACUGCCAACUACUUCUACGUCCUGAUCGCUCUCUGUUUCGUGAUCUCGGCCACUUCUUCUCUCUGCGCAACCAUGAGUCUUCUACCGCCUCCAGCAGGAUUUCUUUCGUGGCUCCGCAACAACUCAAUCCUAGAGAUGUCAAACAGUGGGUCCUAUUUUUUUCGGAAAAAAUUGAGCCUCAGUAUUUCAGUGAUGCUUACUUUGUGCUGCUGCACUAUAGCCAUCAUUGCUCAAACGGACAUUGCCGAUGAGCGUCAGGACGACAUUGUUGCCAUUGGAGCCGGCGUUUUCCUCGUGUGCAUCUCAGGACUUCUCUCCUUCCUCGCUGCUAUGGCAAGCAUUCGUCAAAGGUGAAUUAGUGGAAGUGCGAGGAAAUGAACAUUUCUGUUUAGCAACCGCAAGACCCGCAUGCGUCGCAUUGACAACCAACGCCUUCUCUGCGCUCGUUCCCUUCGCUCCUGGAGAGACGCCGGACGUCGUCCGGAAGACGUCCGCCCAAUCGUCGACUUUGAGAGGUAAAUGGUGUUCCGAGAAAUCAAUUUUCUCAAGCAAGGUUUCAGAUACCUGGACGAUUGCACCGAAUUGGAGCAAACCUCUGCUCAAGCCAAUCCUGCCGUCUAA